UUUGCCAGACAGUCGACGUCUUAGUCGCCGUCUCUGCCCGUAGUCGUAGUCGAUGAUUCAACAACAACUGUUUCAAAACAAGUGGUUUUUGGUGCAGAAGAAGUGAAGCAAACAGCUGCAUCUUUCGGUGUUUCUGAAUGGAAGGCGGUGAUAGUAUUUAGCAGCUACAGGUGUGAUCAAUCCGUUUUGUUUUCGUUACGUAUUUGUCGAUUGAUUGUGCCGCGGCAGGAGUGAAACCCAUUGAGCGUAGAUCACGGUGCGCCACGGAAAUAAUUUAUGGCGGAUAAAAAGGUGAAUUAGGAAGAGUGUGCUCAGCGCGGUGGAAAACCCUUCGGGUUGAGGUGAGAUUCGAAUGUCUCAAGUGUGACCAAUAACAAGCGAUUCGUAGACAGGAGGAAGAGUGGAGACGCGUGGUGAUUUGUGCGGUUUUCAGUGGGGGCGGUUUUAGUGAGUGUUUGAACAUUUGGAGGCCGUGAUGGAUAGGACAUGCUAUGGAAAAUGGGACCCUGGAGCGCGGCAGCCGUACCGGUGUACGUUGAGAGAGCGUGGGAUCGCACCUGGAUAUGCUUUACUCGCUGAUCUACAGAAUACUGUGCCGGGACAUAAUCAACACGUUGGUGGUGGCGGUUCGUCGGUUCCUGGUUAUGGCAGUCUAAAUGGUGUGCGAAACAAACAAACGCCGAGUCCUCAAACAUAUCAGACAUCAACUAAAACUAUCACAGAAACUCGACCAGCCAAUGGGUACAAUGGCUCACUUCCGAGAUCCACUACACCGCAUCAGAACUCAUUGCCACGAUCCAACACACCCCAACGACUCCAGAACUCCGGUUCGGGUAACCUUUCGGAACUGGACUCACUACUGCAAGAUCUGAGUAGUGCCCGUUAUGGAAAUAUCGUGGAAAAACACCAACCCAACAAUGGAACGACUAGUCCUUCACCAUAUGCCAUCAACGACACCAUCAAGCGACCCUCCGUGGACAGCUUGCUUGAUGAACUUAGUGCGGCCAAUGCCAAUCCAAUCUAUGCAGUACCCUAUGGGAAUCAAUCUCCAAACCCGCAGCCACAUCCUGGUCGGCAGGUCACUAAUCGAGAAACAACCACGGAAAAAAUGACCGGAACUCCGAGUGCCAACUAUCAGAAUCAAUUGUAUCAACAGCAGGUCGCACAAAACGACCAGUCCAACUAUGCUUCGUCGGCCACCAAGGAACUGGAUGAUCUGAUGGCUUCCCUCUCGGAUUUCAAGAUCACUUCCGGAUCGCAUCAGCUGCAGUCGGUGACAGAUUACGCGAAGCCAAACCAGGGAACCGCGCAUUAUCAGAGUACUUUGACGACGGUGACCACGACCGAAAAGUUGCCCCCGGCAAGUGAUCAGUUGGAUUCCAUGCUUGGAAAUUUGCAGGCCGAUAUGAGUCGCCAGGGAGUCAAUACCACUCAGAAGGGGUGCUGCAAUGCCUGCGAUAAGCCCAUCGUCGGCCAGGUCAUAACGGCUCUCGGCAAAACUUGGCAUCCGGAGCAUUUUACUUGCAAUCACUGCAAUCAGGAGCUGGGCACCCGGAACUUCUUCGAGCGUGACGGAAACCCUUACUGCGAGUCGGAUUAUCACAAUCUGUUCAGCCCACGUUGUGCCUACUGCAAUGGACCGAUUUUGGAUAAAUGCGUAACGGCGCUGGAGAAAACUUGGCACACGGAGCACUUUUUCUGCGCCCAGUGCGGUCAGCAGUUCGGCGAGGAUGGAUUCCACGAGCGCGACGGGAAGCCGUACUGCCGUAACGAUUACUUCGACAUGUUUGCACCGAAGUGCAACGGGUGCAACCGGGCCAUCAUGGAGAAUUAUAUUUCGGCUCUGAACAGUCAGUGGCAUCCGGAUUGUUUCGUGUGCAGGGAUUGCUCGAAAGCGGUCACUGGCAAGUCGUUCUACGCGAUGGAAGGCAAGCCCGUCUGUCCCACGUGUGCCGGAGCGGAUGAUGAAGAUUAAAGAGAGAACUCUUCCGUACAGUCGAAGUGGCGUUUUCUGGAGCGGAAAAAACGGGCGAAACAGUCAACUGUCUCACUGACCGAUCGAAUUAAAUUUCUGCCCAGCCAGGUGGAGGAUUCAUAACAAACUUACAUCCACACCUACACACAUAAAAUACUACCGCUUUCCGUACGCUAGAGCACACUUCUAAACAUAGGCUUAUCAAACCGAAAUCGAAAGAAACACGGACCUACUUAAAGCUACCGCAGCUUUCAUUUGUUGAUGUUACACUGUUGUUACAAACCCUCUCUUGUAAAUUGGACCCGAACUCACGUUCCAGACGUUGCAUAUCACAAAAACACUUGAACAUCCGAACAGUGUGGAGGACGUGAAGCAUGAUGACUAAGGGUGGGCCCCAGUGACCCACUCAAGAGACCCCCGCUUUGUAGAAAAACAAAACGGCCGGCGUCUCGCUAUAUGCCUCUACGAAGAAUGCCACAGCUGUCGUCCUCCUACGCCGAUGCUCGUUUUUUCUCUUACAGGUGACCUUGUCUCCAAAAAAACAGCGACCGAAAAGUCUCAUUAAUCAUCUUCCUUGGACAACCCUGGGAUUGGAAAAUCCCUUUCCCCCAAUGACGAAAACACAGACACAAUUCCUCAAUGCCUACUCCCACACACAUCGACUGAUUGACUCGAGGAAAGCCUGACCUAUCCUCUUUUCGGACGACAAUUUUAGGCGUUUGAGAACGAAGAAAGUUAUUUUAAGAUUGUUUUAAAUACUAAAAGAGCAUCGAUAUAUCCUAAUAUUUAUAUAAAUUUCUUAACGAUUGUCAAAUGAAGAUAGUAUUGUGUAAAUAAAGAAGACUAAAGAUAAAAAUAAAGGACAAAAAAUAACCACCAAAAAACACAACAAUAGA